AUGGCCGUCGGCAAGGUGACCUUCACGAGGGAAGAGAGGGACCUGCUGGCCAAGGUGCUAUGGAUGCUGAACUGGAUCUCCGUGGUGACAGGCGUCAUCAUCUUCAGCCUGGGCCUGUUCAUCAAGGUGGAGAUCCAGAAGCAAAGGGACGUGAUGUCAGACCAGGACAUCCUGUACGUGCCUCACAUGCUCAUCGCCACGGGCCUGGUCGCCUGCUGCAUUAACUUCCUGGGCGGGAAGAUCUGCUACGACUGCGUGGACGGGGCCAAGUUCACCCGCUGGAAGCUGGUGAUGCUGCCCUACAUCGUCUGCACCUUCUGCUUCACCUUCUGCGUGCUGGUGGGGGCGCUCCUGUGCUACAGCAUGCGCAGCCAGCUGGAAGACUCCCUGCAGAUGGGCCUGCGCGGCGCAAUGCGGUACUACAAGGACACCGACACACCUGGACGGUGCUACCUGAAGCGCACGCUGGACCUGCUCCAGAUCCAGUUCGAGUGCUGCGGGAACGCCGGGUACAAAGACUGGUUCGCCGUCCAGUGGGUCAGCAAUCGAUACCUGGACAUGACCAGCCCCCGCGUCCUGGAUCGCUUGAGGAGCAACGUGGAGGGCAAGUACCUGAUGGACGGCGUUCCGUUCAGCUGCUGUAACACCUUCUCGCCGCGGCCCUGCAUCCAGCACCAGCUCACCAACAACUCGGCCCACUUCAGCUACCGCCACCAGACGGACCGCCUCAACCUGUGGACGCGGGGCUGCAGACAGGUGCUGCUGGAGCACUACACCGGCAUCCUGCAGUCCACCGGCCUCAUAGUCCUCCUCAUAUGGCUGUUUGAGCUGCUGGUCCUGACGGGCGUGCGGUACCUUCAGACGGCCAUGGAGAACCUGCUCCUCCUGGGGGACCUGGACUCAGAGUCAGACGGCUGGAUCCUGGAGAACAGCCUGGCUGAGACGGCCCGCUGGAACCUCAACGUCAUCAAGAACCUGGGCAAGUGCUACAACGUGGACGACGACGAGGACCCCAACAUCAACGUCCCCAGCACCUCUCAGAGCCACUAUACGGAAAGGAGUUCCUGUCAGGGAAAACGGUCCACGGUCCAGCUCCGAGGCCCCGUGUUUAAAAUAGUCCAGUUGGAGGACGACAGCGGGGCCAGGAGGGUGCAGGACGGUCAGUGA